UGCCGGGUCAGGGGGCGUGGCUCGUGCGGGCGUCUCGAGUGCGCAGGCGCGUCCCGGAGCGGCCGUUGCCCGGGAGGUCUCUCACUCCGUCUCCGCCGCCAUGAACGCGGAGAACUUGGAGGCCAGCGAGAGGCUGGUGAACGCCGCCUACGUCCGGCAGGGAGCGCAAGGCCGCCGCGCCCACGAGCUCCGCCUAAGGACGCUGCUGGAGCAGGGCAAAUGUCCUGAAGAUGGGUGGGAUGAAAGCACCAUCGAGCUCUUCCUUCAUGAACUCGCCGUCAUGGACAGCAACAACUUUCUAGGCAACUGUGGUGUGGGCGAGAGGGAAGGAAGAGUGGCGUCGGGGCUGGUGGCCCGCCGGCAUUUCAGGUUGAUCCAUGGGAUUGGGAGGUCAGGUGAUAUUUCUGCCGUCCAACCCAAAGCCGCAGGCUCCAGCCUCUUGAACAAGCUGACAAACUCCAUCGUCUUGGAUAUUAUAAGACUUGCCGGAGUCCGGACUGUGAGCAGCUGCUUUGUGGUCCCCAUGGCAACGGGCAUGAGCCUGACCUUGUGUUUCUUGACCCUCCGGCACAAGAGACCCAAAGCCAAAUACAUCAUCUGGCCGCGCAUUGACCAGAAGUCCUGCUUCAAGUCUAUGAUUACUGCAGGUUUUGAGCCGGUGGUGAUAGAAAAUGUGUUAGAAGGUGAUGAGCUCCGUACAGAUCUCGUGGCAGUGGCAACUAAAAUCCAGGAUCUGGGGGCUGAUAAUGUUCUCUGUGUGCAUUCUACCACAUCAUGUUUUGCUCCGAGGGUGCCCGACAGACUAGAAGAACUGGCAGAAAUUUGCAUGAAGCACGACGUCCCUCACAUUGUCAACAACGCGUACGGAGUCCAGUCUUCCAAAUGCAUGCACCUCAUUCAGCAGGGAGCGCGAAGAGGCCGGAUCGAUGCUUUUGUGCAGAGCCUGGACAAGAAUUUUAUGGUUCCUGUAGGUGGCGCCAUCAUCGCUGGCUUCAAUGACGCCUUUAUUCAGGAGAUCAGCAAAAUGUACCCAGGAAGAGCGUCUGCCUCCCCUUCGUUAGACGUUCUCGUGACGUUGCUGGCCUUGGGAACAAAGGGGUACCAACAGCUGCUGAAAGAAAGAAAGGAAAUGUUCUCCUAUCUUUCAAGCGAGCUGAAGAAGUUAGCGGAAGCCUACAAUGAAAGACUGCUGGAGACGCCUCACAACCCUAUCUCCUUAGCGAUGUCCUUGAAGAAGUUAGAUGAACUAAGCGGUACAGCAAUUACACAGCUUGGAUCGAUGCUUUUCACAAGACAAGUUUCUGGAGCAAGGGUCGUUCCCCUCGGCUCUCUGCAAACCGUGAGCGGCUACACUUUCAAAGGCUUCAUGUCCCAUACGAACAGCUACCGCUGCGCGUACCUCAAUGCCGCUGCCGCCGUUGGAAUGUCCAAACAAGACGUAGACGUGUUCCUGAAAAGGCUCGACAAGUGUUUGAAGGCUCUAGCGAAAGGAAAGAACCACGGCGAAGACGCGCCCGUAAUGGACGAAGACAAAGUUGGGCCUGAAGUGGAAGAACACGACACAAACGCCGCUGAAGGAAAUGGCGAAAGUUAGAUGAGAAAAGAUAAAUUUCCGGAUUGUAAAAUGCAAGCUGUAUAUUGGGGUGGGGGAGAUCGUGCAAUCUGUUGUGCAAUUAAAAUGAAUUGAACCAAAAUUUAAUUGAACCAAAAUGUAGAUCACCAAGAGCCCCCAGUCUUGUGGGACAUUGGCCUUCCAGGCUUCAUGGCUCUCACCUGUUACUUUUACUGACAUUCAUGCCGGAGAACGGUCUGCGGGAUUGGGCUCCGAGCAGAUUUUCAGAGUGAGGAAGGUUGUCAGUGAAAUUUGCAUCUUUGGGCUUUUCUACAUUCUCAUUUUCUCAUUUCAGAUUCCUGCUUCUGUUCCGCACGCAUUUUGCCUCCUUCUAGUCACAGAUGCAAUAUUAUGCUUGCGUACUCCAGACGUCAACCAGUGUAAUAUCGAACUGACCACUAGAGGGAGCAAAAGACAGGCAGAACAGAAACAAAAAUCUGGAGAAACAAGAACUUAAAAGCAAGGAAAAUGGGAGUGUGUGAAAGCCCUAUCAAGGGACUAAUGUGCUCUGUGCAGGACCUGUGGAAAUCUGUUAAUGGGAGCCAAGCCAUUGCACUGCUAAGGCUCUUGAUGUGGGUGAAUGGGAAAGUGGCUGCUUUUUAAAGACCACUUUGAUGCGUUAUUCAUGGUGGCCUGGUAGCCUUCCAAAAAACGGGCAUAGCCGCAGGUGGUCCUCUGUUUGGGCAGCUUGCCCACUUAGCUCUAGUAAGGUUGUUUAAAUUAUUAGCUGAUUCGUUACAAAACCCAGACAGACCAUCCCAUGCUUUUGAAUCUCUCAUUCUGCCGCUCUUGUAACACAAUAUUACAGAGCCUUCUUUGGCAUUUAAAUGGUGUGAACUGCUGUGA